GCAGUUGAGGCGGGGCGGCGCGCAGACAGGCAGCAAGCUCGUCUUGCGAAGCGGCUGUGAGCCUUCGGUCCCGCCAUGGCCAAGCAACCCGACUACGGCCUGCAAGUCGAUUACGUUUUCCGUGGAGUAGAGCAUGCCGUUCGGAUGACCUCGGAAGGGAACCUUCUGGAAGUGGAAGUGGAAGACCGACGCACCACCGACCAGUGGCGAGGCGAAUUUGACGCUGCUUUUAUUGAAGACCUCACCCACAAGACAGGGAAUUUCAAGCAGUUUGGGAUCUUCUGCAGCAUGCUGGAGUCAGCCCUGGCCCAGAGCAGUGAGUCUGUAACCUUGGAUCUCCUCACCUACGCAGACCUGGAGGCUCUGAGGAACAGGAAAAUCGGGGUGGGGCCCCGGCAUCCACCGGCCACCAAAAGCUCUCCAUUGAACUCCAAGCGCUACCUCAUCCUGAUCUACUCAGUGGAAUUUGACAGGAUCCAUUACCCUCUACCGCUGCCCUACGUAGGGAAGCCAGAUCCCGUCAUUCUGCAGAAAGUGAUCCGGGAGCUGAAGGAGGAAUUGGCCAUGUUGAAGGCUAAGCCAGGCAAGGACUUCCGGGACGUCGAGAUCCGCCGGCUUCGGGAGGAGCUGCAGCGCGCUCUGGAGGAGAAGCAGUCGGUGGAGACGGUCCUGCUGAACUCGCAGGAGGAGCUCAAACUGGCCACCAAGAGCAGCGGCUUCAAAGAAGUGAAGAUUCUGAAGAAGGUGGUGCAGAGUCUGGAAGAGGAGCUGGCGAAAGAAAGGGCCAAGCACCAGCGCCUCGCCACCAAGCGUCUGCAGGAGAGCCGGCAGCUGGCUGACGAGCUUGCAGAAGUGAAAGCAACCGAGAGAAGCCUCCGGAUCCGUGUGAAGAACCUAACCAAUGAGCUGGCUUUGUACAAAAAGGGGCACUUCCUGCCCACCGGAUCUUCUCCCCCAAACACCUCUCGCCACUUCUCUCGCCCCGCCCUGAACCGAACCGGGGCCACAAAGCGAGAUGGCCGACGCUCCGCCUCUGGCGAACGGUCCAACUCACAGGAGCGCAGCGUGCCCUGGGGAAUCAACCGGCAGCGGUCCACGUCCAGGGAAGGGCGCAGCGGGAGCCAGGGACGCGUCUCCCGGCAGUCUCCGUCUCCGACAGGUAUCCGGGCACCUCGCUUUGACCCUACAGCCUUCGUGAAGGCCAAGGAACGGAAACAAAAGGAGAUCGAGCAGAAGAACAAGCGGUGUCUCCAACGGGGAAUGGGGGACACCCCCCCUAGUGGGUGGUACCACCGCACCCAGCUCAGGGGCCCUUCAGUCCUCCAUGGCAGCAGCCUUGGGAAGCCACGAGGCCGGAGCUCUUCAGUGGAAAGUUUCCGCAGCAGACGCACCUCUGCCAGCUCAGGGAGCGAAUUGGAGGAUUAUUCAGAACCUGUUGCCCCAAGAGGCAGGAAGCGACUAGCCAGGGGCAGGAAACCCUUCAGUUCUUCGUCUUGGAACGGCCCCACUGCGGGUCCUCACACGGACAGCGGUCACAAGAAACGCUUGUCAAGCACCCCAAAUACAGGCAAAGCCGGGGGUAAAGGUAAAGCCGUGGGCGUCUCAGAGGGAACCUUGGAAAACUCAGAGAAUCUGUACGAUGAGCCAUCAGCAGAUCUCUCCGAGAUCGAUGCCCGGCUACAAGCGCUGCAGGAAUACAUGAAUAAACUGGAGACCAGGACGUAGCCCGAGCAAGGGAGCCAGAGUCCAACCUGUGUGAUCCCUUGCCUAGCACAAUCAGAUCCAAAUACAGAAGGUGUCCUUUCCCACCACCCGCCCUGGUUUUGCGUCUUCCUUCUCCUGCUACGUCCUCAGGCGGGAGGGCAAGAGAGAGGUGGGGUGGGGGUGGCAAUCAUGGAAGGUUUCAGUGAUGAAAUCCUUCCUAAGGGUUUCUGAGAACCAUUUCAUUAAAGAUUUCUAAGAACAGCCUCUCUAAGAAUGUGGCCCACACAGCCUUGUCUUGCGUAAGUGCGGGGCGGGGAGGGAUUUUAAAGGUGUCUUCCUUCUUCCAGAGCCUUUACGGUCUUGGGACGGGAUGCACUGCAUGAAACGUGGGGGAGAUUGAGCCCUUUUGGGAAAAAAAUCCUAUCCAGAUUCCCACCUGCUUGCAAGAUUAGUCCCUCUGCCAGCUGUUUUCCAGCACAGCAAUCCUAAACAAUAAUUUUUCUAUCUGUUCCUGGAAAACACCUCCCCCGCCAGUCUGGACAGAAGGCAGAUUUCCCCAAGCUGCUACUUCCCGAUGGUCGACAGUCCCUAUUUCAUCCCCACUUUGCACGGGGUUAGUGGGAAUUGUAGUUCCAGCACAUCUGGAGGGAGACCAAGUGAGGGAAAGCUGGUGUAGGGCUAGGAGUUUUCAUCUUCAAAUGGACAGCAGGUAGAGAGUGAAUAGAUUCAGGCGAAGCCUUCAUACCGCCUGGAGCAGAUGGAAGAUCGCCUGCUGUUUAAAAAUUAGUGACAUUUUUCUGGUGUGGCAGGCCCUUGGGAGAAGCUGAGCUGGCAGCAGGAGUCGUCUUAAUGACUAAAAAUAAAGGAAAAUUCAGGUCUGGUUAAAGCUCCGUGUUUCCCAACUGAUGUGGCCAAUUUUGACCACUUUGCUCAACCCGGUUCCUUUCGACAAGCCACCGGGGCGACGACUGGGCUGUUCUUUUGCUGGCUGGAACAGAAGCAUAUGGGCAUUUCCUGGAACGUCUUUGGCCCCGCUUCGCUGAAAUGGGGAGUGUCUACUUCUUUGCAUCCGUGCUGUGAUAUUGCUGUGAUUUUGUUUUUAAAUAAACUUUUUUAAGUCAA